AUGCACGGGCCUCAUCUGCUUGUAGUUGUAGCAGACAACCUCACGGCCGGAUCGUCUCUCAGGCCCCCUCAGUACAUCACCUGCCCCUCCGGUGACUUCGCCUUUGGCUUCCGUGCCCUCGACUAUGACCCCAGUCAGUUCCUCCUCGCCGUCUGGUUCAACCUCAACCUUGACCCGGCAGCCGACCCCGGGCAGAAGAAGGUGGUGUGGUACGCGAAAGACCCGGUCUCAGACUCGGCAAUCAUGGCCACGGGGCAGGCCGUAUUCAGUAUCACCCCCCAUGGUGAGCUCUUGCUCACAGACUCCACCACCGGCGGCAACAUCUGGACGAACCCGAGCCCUGGCCAGUCAGGGAACGUCCUCACGCUACAGGACUCGGGCAACCUCCAGUUCAUCGCCAUCGGGGGGAGCACCGUCGUCUGGGAGACCUUUCGGCACCCGACCGACACGCUCCUCCCGGGGCAGACAAUGGUCUCUGGAGCAAGUCUUCAGUCUAAGCAAUCAGACACAGACUUCUCUGCUGGCCGCUUCAGCUUGUAUGUGCAGGCUGACGGCAAUAUAGUCUUGUACCUCAUGAACCUCGCCGGUGACAUGGACUCAUACAAUUCAUACUGGCGCACCGGCACCGGCCAGCCCGGGCAAACCCAGGACGGCAACACCACCCUUUUCUUCGAUUCGCCGGGCCACCUCCACUACCAGAUCAAGGAUGGCACGAUGCGCGAUCUGACACCUCCCAUGCCGAACUCCACCGUUAGUUACUACAAGCAUGCAACGCUUGAUCCAGAUGGCAUUGUUCGUGUCUACACCCUGCAGAAGAAUGCCACCGGAAGGCGCAAUGUGCCAUGGACGAUCUUUGGGCUGUUCCCAAGCAAUGGUUGCAGCAGCAGCACUACAGGCUGGGAAGGAAUGUGCGGCCCCAACUCGUACUGUGUUUAUGGUCCUAACAACAAGCUCGAUUGUGAGUGCCCAAGUGGUUACUCCUUCAUCGAUCCUAGGCUCAAGUACAGAGGCUGCACACCAGUGUUCGUGCCACAGAGCUGUGAUGGGAAGAACCGGCCCUCCGAGUUCAGUCUUGUUAAGUUGCCAAACACCACUUGGUUGCUGUCAUCAUACAGAGGGUAUUCGUACACCACAGAGGAGAAGUGCGACAACUCAUGCUUGCGAGACUGCUUCUGCACUGCCACUCUGUUCGAUGGAAAAGUUUGUUACAAAAUGGCAUUAUUGGCGGGCGCAGGAUGGCAGGAAGGAAGCCUCAACAUGAAGGCAUCGAUCAAGGUGCGGACAAGCAGCCUCCCGAUGCCGACAUCACCGAGAAGACCAUUGCCUUAUUUACUGCUGAUUUGCUCGGUGCUAUUGAUGCUGGCUGCAGCAAGUAGUCUCAUGCUACAUUUUUGCCUUCGGAAGAAGAACACUAACCAUGAUUUCCUGAGGGUUUUCACCCGAAAGGAGCUUUACAAAGCCACCAAUGGCUUUCACAAGUUGUUGGGCAAAGGAGGCUUUGGAGAGGUCUACCAUGGGGUGAUAAUGUCGUUACACGCCUCUGAUGUAGCAGUGAAGAAGCUCAUCAACUCCAACGAGUACAGCGAGCGGGAGUUCGCGAAUGAGGUGCAGUCCAUCGGCAGGAUUCAUCAUAGGAAUCUAGUGCGCAUGGUCGGUUACUGCAAGGAGCAGGAGCAAAGGAUGCUUGUGUUUGAGUUCAUGCCAGGCGGCUCCCUUCGAAGCUUCGUCUUCCAACCUCAACGGCCGUUGUGGACGUGGCGUGUAGAGGCAGCAAUUGGGAUUGCCAAAGGGCUAGAGUAUUUACAUGAAGGCUGCGAUUCUCCGAUCAUUCAUUGUGACAUCAAGCCCGACAAUAUACUUCUAGAUGGCAAGAACAAUCCAAAGAUAACUGACUUUGGGAUCGCCAAGCUUCUCAACAACCAGCAGAUGCACACGACAGUGACCAAUAUCAGAGGCACAAGGGGAUAUAUUGCCCCUGAGUGGUUCCAAAGCGACAGGCGCAUCGACACCAAGGUUGAUGUUUACAGCUUUGGCGUUGUGUUACUAGAGAUGAUAUGCUGCCUGAAGUGCCAGGAGCCGGUGACAGGGCAGGAUGGUGAAGAUUCAGUCACAUUGUUCUGGUGGGCCGGUCAAUUGGUUCAUCAUGGCAGGACUGAAAUUCUGCUGCAUGAUGACGAUGAUGCCAUGGAGGACUUGGUCAGGGUGAAGAGGUUCUCACGUGUCGCAUUCUGGUGCAUCGAGCAGAAUCCUUUGUUGCGACCAACAAUGCACCAAGUUGUGCAGAUGUUGGAGGGUGUUGUUGAGGUUGGCAUUCUACCUGAUCCUCCAAACUCCACAGACCAUCCUUGA